AUUUAUUUAUUUUGAAAUGUUUUGAAUUUUGACGAUUUAAUUUUGAAGAUUUGAAGUCCAUCAAAAUAAAUUUUGAUGGGAAUAUCGAUAUCCAAAAAUCAAAUUAAAAAUAGAAAUAAACACAGAUUUAACUGACCUAUAACAUUUAGUGCUGAAUGAUGUGAUGAUCCAUUUAAAUAUAAGUACCUAUAUUUUUAUCAGUUUCAUCAGUUUGUUAAAAACCCUUGCCAAGAUAAUACAAUCUAGAUAAAUACGUAAUGAAAAGGAUAUCUAAUACUAUAAAAGCAUAGUUUGUGAUGAAUUAGGAUCAUUAAUUUUACAAAUGUUGUAAAUUAUACAAACAUGAAUUUCAAUAGGUUACAUUCAAUACUGGGGUCACGUUACCCAAUAUUUGAUACCUUUACGAUUAAACCACUUAGAAGAUUGAUAACUACCAAAUCACAACAAAAAGAAAUAGAGGAAAGCUAUAGAGUAUUGAAUAUACCAAAAAACUCAAGCCAAGAAGAAGUUAAGAAGGCUUUUCUAGAGCUUGCAAAGAAGUAUCAUCCUGACUCGAUGUCUCCAGAAGCAGAUAUAGACAAAUUUGUGAUGACGGAGAAUGCUUUCAGAACUCUAUCUAAGCUCAACACAGGUUCUCAGAAAUUGGAUGAAAUUGAACAAGUUGUGUAUGAUAUUAGGCACACUGCACCACAACAUCGUCAGUACCUAAGCUUUGAUGGUGUGGGCUAUGGAACACCAUCCCAAAGGCAGCAACAGUACACACAAGCGAGAGCACAGAAAGCUGCUGCAAAUGUAUUAGAACACCGGAUCUCCAAAGCCAUAGCCUCUGACAAAACACUCAUGAAAAAAGAAUCAGUUAAGCAUGAUAUUAAAACUAAAUAUGGCCUGGAGAGACUUGUGGAAGAUUUAAUACAAGAGUCAAUGUCCAAAGGUGAAUUUGAGAAUUUGAGUGGCCAAGGGAAACCGUUGAAAGAUCAGAAUACUAAUCCUUAUGUUGAUUUCACAACUCAUAAAAUUAAUGAGGUAUUAAUCAACAAUGGUUUCACACCAGAAUGGAUCACAAUGUCCAAAGAAAUAGAUGCAGAUAUUGAACUAUUGAAGGAGGAGAUAAGCAAAGAGAGAAUGUAUUUAGGACCACAUCCAUUGAACGAUACUGACCAGACAAAAUGGCAGAAAAUAUAUGAUAGCAAUAAAUUACUGGCAGAAUCGUUAAAUUUUAAAAUAAAUACAUACAAUUUAAUAGUGCCACUUCUGAAUAAACAGAAGUUUCACGUAGAAUUUGAUAAAAUUUGUCAAGAAAUUCUGGUUAAUGGAAAACAUUCUAUGGAAAAACGUGUGGAAAAAUCCCAUGAGCCUCAUGUGUUGGUGGAUCAUAGUAAUGAUAUAUUGGGAGAAUUUUUCAAAGGCUUAGGAGAGCUACUUGUUGGGAAUGAAAAACAUAAGUUUGGCAGUUAAUUAUUAUGUAUUCAAUGUAAAAUCUGAAAAUAGUAAAUACGUUUAUUUUUAUUAUUGUUAGGAGUUGGAUGAAAAUCAUUUACUGGAAUCCUAAAUCGCUUGGCGGUACGUCUUUGCUGGUAGGGUGGUACCUAGCUGCAGCCAAAGCCUCCCACCAGUCAGACCUGGACCAAUUAAGGAAACCUCAAUCGGCCCAGCCGGGGAUUGAACCCAGGACCUCCGCCUUGUAAGUUCACUGCACACACCACUGUGUGAUCGUACUGAUGUGUACGAUAGUGAAAGAAUUAUUGAAAUAUUACUAAUUAACAUUAAUUAGUGUAGAAUUAUAAAUUUAAUGUUGAUAAACUGUAUUAGUUAUUUUUGUUAGAUAUAGGUAAAUGUCUGUGAUAUGCAAGUGAUAUACAUAUUUAUUUAUUGGAUAAUUUUUCUAACGCUCGAGUCAUAUAUGACUUGUUAUACUUAUUAUUUAUUAACUAUGAGUGUCAGUGAAGUUUAUGUUUUAAAUAGGUGCAAAAAAAAAUAAACACAUCAGAAGUAA